CAAUAUAAUAUAAAUUAUAACACCAUCAUUACACCUACAUAUCCCCAAAACCAAUGUAUAGAAUUAGAGCGUGAAACUGAGUCCACAAGUAGCUGUCAAACGGAAUCCCUAGCAAUAACAUCAUCGAUGUCGCAGCCAUCAUCAUUUCAGUUAUGAACUAGAACUUUUUAAUCACGGUCAUCAUAAGGGUCAGCGGACACUCUUGACCCUUCUCUGACUCCGUCAAUUAAAGCUGUAAUGGAGGUUGCACGGGUAGGAGUCACGACUAGAGCUCGAGCUACGUUGGUGGAGACAAUGGAGACGGUUGAUAAUCCGGUAACAGUGAAGAGGAGGAAGCUCUUGUUUGUGAGAAUUGAAGAAUCUGAAAGUUGCUCUAGCACCGGCUCAGUAGAGAAUCUGAAAGUUUCAGAUCUAGAGGAGAGUGUUGAAACUGGAUCGGCUGUAUAUAAUUCAGAUGGAGACGAAAGCACACCGGAGAGCGAGUUCAAAGCAGAAUCCAGCGAAAUGGAGUCGACCACAGGGAAGCACUCAUCGAUUGCUAAGAACCCUUACCCGCGUGCAAUGUUAUCGAAGGAGAAGAUGCCACCGGAAGCUGAACUCGAAGCGUUCUUUGCGGCUGCACAGGAAGGCCUUAACAAACGUUUUAAAGACAAGUAUAAUUUCGACAUUGUAGAUGAUACUCCAUUGAAAGGUCGUUUCGAGUGGAUUCAAGUGAGUGGAUUCAAGUAACGCCGGGAAAAUGAGGAUGACAAUGAUGAUGAUCGGAGAAUAACCAAAGUUUAGAAAUAAAAUGUCAAAUUAAAUCUUACAGUUUAAAUUUGAUAAAGAUCUUCAUGAAUGCUAAUUUUUAUUUCCUUUGUUGAUAAGUUCUUCUUUAUCAUA